CCAGCCCCCCCAAGAACCGGAGUUUGGAUAUGCGUGCCCUCUGGACUCGAAAUUGGAAUUCUCUCCAUCGUCACAGUGUAUCGGUCUCACGUGGGUCAUCUUUCGAAAAACGCAAUAUGAGUACCCCCGCAUCAGGGAUCCUGUAUUCGGCAGCUGUUUUGCUCGCGCCGGGAGCUCCGGGCCCGAGUGAUGUCAAGGAUAAGGCUCAUCAUCGUACCAGUGGCUUCAAGAACCCAUGGAACUCCUGGAAAGAUAUCACAAUCAGUGAUGCUGUACGGUUUUGGGGGCAGAUGAUCACGGGCAAGAUCAAAUUCCCGAGCACCGCACCGCCCACCAUUCCUGUGCAGAAAGCAGAGUUUCUGGCCAGUCGCACCACUUCCAGCCUGCGCGCAACCUGGCUCGGCCAUGCCUGUUACUAUGUCGAAUUUCCCAGCGGCCUGCGAGUCCUCUUCGACCCCGUCCUCGAGGACCGUUGCUCUCCGCUGUCUUGGAUGGGUCCCAAGCGCUUCACCGACACUCCUUGCCAGGUUCAAGAUAUCCCUAUCAUUGACGCGGUCGUGAUCUCCCACAACCACUAUGACCAUCUCUCUCAUCCCACCAUCAAGGAGAUCUUUAGAAAACACCCGAAUUGCCACUUCUUUGCUCCCUUGGGCAACAAGAGCUGGUUCGAGCAGCUCGGAAUCAAGAACGUAACAGAGCUAGACUGGUGGGACGAGCGCGAUCUCGUCCUGUCGCCCUCCCAGGAGUCCCCGGCAAAAGUCGAGGGAGCGGGUGAAGACAUCAAUUCCCCGUCCGCUGAGAUCAAGGCUCGAAUCGGCUGCCUCCCAUCGCAACACACGAGUAACCGAGGGGUCUUUGACCGGGCCAAGACGCUCUGGGCUUCGUGGUCCAUCGAGUCCGGGGGCCAGAAAUUAUACUUCGCUGGGGACACCGGGUACGCAGCAGUUCCAGAACUUCCAGCUGGCACCAACGACCAUGCCCCAGAGCACAACUUCCCCACCUGCCCUGCCUUCAAACAGAUCGGACAGUACCGAGGCCCCUUUGACUUAGGGCUGAUCCCCAUUGGAGCCUACGCGCCCAGAUGGUUCAUGAGCACCAUGCACGCCGACCCUCACGAUGCCGUCAAGAUCUUCCGAGACACCCAAUGCAAGCGAGCCAUGGCCAUCCACUGGGGCACAUGGGUCUUGACCGAAGAAGAGGUGCUUGAACCCCCCAAGAAGCUGAAGGAGGCAUUGCGAGACCACGAUCUUCCGGAAACGGGGGUUUUCGAUGUCUGCGAUAUCGGCGAAAGUCGCGAGUUCUGAAGAGAGAGAUAAACUUACCUUUUGGGGAAGGAUUUGAAAUAUAGUGUCUGAUCAAAUAUGUACAACAAGG